CUCAUAUCCUGUUAUUCAGAAGGCUGUAUCCGCUGGGAAUGUGAGUGCCUUUUGUCCUGGGGCGAGGGGGGGACGUGUGUGGCCUCUGGCAGGCUGCCUCUGUGUGCCCAGAGUCUGUCUCCAGCUGGGGCAGAACCAGGCCUGGCUCAUCCUGAGGGUGAGGAGGUGAGGCGGUGAGAUGGCGGACUGCUACACGGAACUGGAGAAGGCGGUCGUAGUCCUGGUGGACAACUUCUACAAAUAUGUGUCUAGGCACAGCCUGGUCAAGAAUAAGAUCAGCAAGAGCAGCUUUCGCAAGAUGCUCCAGAAAGAGCUCAACCACAUGCUGACAGACACAGGGAACCGCAAGGCUGCUGACAAGCUCAUCCAGAACCUGGACGCCAACCACGACGGGCGCAUCAGCUUCGACGAGUACUGGACCUUGAUAGGCGGCAUCACCAGCCCCAUCGCCAACCUCAUCCGCCAGCAGGAGCAGCAGAGCAGCAGCUAGGGGCCCCUCUGUCCAUCCCUUCAAGGCACUGGCCCGACACCCAGCCCCGAUGCUCUUGCCCAGGACCCCUCCUUGGCUUCCUCCACCUGUCCUGGCGCCUGUCCUAGCUUCUCCCUCCAGACUUCCUCCUGACCCCUGCUGAACAGGGGGAGAUGUCAGGGACCCCUGUGCGUGUCUCAAUCUGGGGGCCCCUCCCCGAGGGUCUCAGUCCCUGGAGCUGGCAGGCCCUGGGGGAGGCCCCUGCAAGAUCUCAAUGUCAUUUGGGGACCCCCAAAUUUUCCUCACCUUUUCAGUCCAUCUUCCCUUCCAAUAUCUGAUGAUACUGCCCAAUUCCUGCCUGAUUCUGGGUCUGUCCUGACCUCCAGAGGUCAGCUCGCUGCUGGAGGUCUCCCUGUUCCGGAAGCAGCAGCAGAGACCUCCCUCCUUCCCCUUAGCUCUUCUGGGAAGAGAAGCGUGUCCAGGGAUUCCCUUCCCAGAUGCCUCUGCACCUGGGAACGAGCAAAUGAAGCUGGGCUGGGCCUCCUCCCUCCUGCUUAGCCACUAAAAGAACGGCAAUAAAGGCUGGGAUUUGGAGAUUGUAUCCCUCUCACUCAGUCCCUUUGUGAUGCUCAUUAAAACUUUCCCACUCCUUUGGGACAGCCUCAUACUUUGGUGGUCUUUGUCCCAGGCACUAAGGCAAGGGGGGAAUUUCACAGAGAAACCCCAAAGAUAGUGGAAAAAGAAGCCAGAAAUCUUGGCUCCCAGCAGGUGCUGUCAGCCCUGGGCUAGCAGCUCCUUUCCUCCUGCUUCACGAAGGGCCCAAAGCUCGUAUGUCCCCAUCUUUGGGUUUUCACAGCCCAGACUCAGACUGAUUUUCAACUUCCAGACACACAGUAUUUCUCAUUUAGUCCUUACUGCAAUUCCAUGAGAAAGGGUCAUGGCUCUUGGGGUCAUCUUGAGUCAUGAGUAGCACUGAGGCCCUGAUUCUUUGCCCAUAGAUUACUCCAAUACUCAAAGAAGUUUGUGGGAUGGGAAAGUAGGGGUUCCACAAGGGAGGGAUGUGGGAGCCCUGAGUUGCAGCUGGGAGUGGGAAAGGAAACCACCGUGUAUAGCUGCUGGAGGGGACAAUGCCCGUUUCUGCCCCUGCUCUUGCACUGAGGCAACCCUGCCUGUCUGAGGACAGAUGACAUAGCCUAGCAGGAAGGAAGGGAACCAGGGCCUAAUAGGAAGGCAGAAGAUCCAGCCAACAGAGCUCGGGGUCAGUGGUUUUCAAACUGAGUCAAUGUACCCCAAGGUUCAAGGAUUUUCCAAGAGAUGCACAGGCACAGAUAGUUUUCUUGAAAUCCAUUUACAGACCCUCAAUCUUCUAAAAUUGAUCUUAGAACAGGCCUGCAAAUAAGAUAUCAUGCCGUCUCUCCUUUCCAAUUAAAAUUGAAAGGCAUACCCUUUACCUGUCUUGAAUAUUACUAUACUGCCUUGACUGAAUGGUAAAGAACUCACUGGCAUAUAUCUAUAUGUAUUUUAAAUGGAUGGUGGAGAGUAUCAAAUCACCUGUGGUGGACUGAAUCAUGUACCCCAGUUUGGACAUGUUCUUGGUUUUGGCCACUGAUUGGGCUGCAUCUGAACUUGAGUAACAUGAGGGGUUGCUCCAGUUAAGUUGUGGCCCAACCGAAUCAGGUUCAGGUUGGGCUUUAAUCCGAGUCACUGGAGUCCUUUAUAAGCAGAAUGAAAAUCAGAGCAGGAAGUCAUGGGGAACAGCCUGAAGCUGGAAAUCAACGGGGUGGGAGGAAGCAAGCUUUUAGUCUUAGAAACCAUGAGCCAAUAAAUUCCUGUUGUUAAGCCAA